AUGAGUGCGGCCAAUCAGGCGCCGGCAUCGCAGGCCCCUCCAUCGAACGCGACGGAUGCAGUCCUGAAGCCGUCGGAGCCUGUGCCCGCGGACGCCCGCGAGGUGCAGGGCAUAGACUUCGACGACUAUGCGCAGCGCAGCAUCACGGUCGAGGAGCUGAUGGGGGGGUAUGCCCGCAUGGGCUUCCAGGCAACUGCGAUCGGCGAGGCGGUGCGGAUUGUCAAUGACAUGCGCACGUGGAGGCACGCUGAAACAGGCGAGGGCACCACCGUCUUUCUGGGCUACACGUCCAACCUGAUAUCCUCGGGCCUACGAGAGACGCUGCGUUACCUGGUGCAGCACAAGCACGUCUCUGCAAUCGUGACAACAGCUGGCGGCGUCGAGGAGGACUUCAUCAAAUGUCUAGGACCAACCUACCUGGGCGCAUUCUCGACACCUGGCGCCAGCCUGCGCGCGAAGGGUCUCAAUCGGAUAGGCAAUCUGGUAGUGCCAAACAACAAUUACUGCGCCUUUGAGGACUGGGUCUUGCCAAUCCUGGACAAAAUGUUAGUGGAGCAGGAGGAGAGCAAGAAGGCCGACGAACCGAUGCACUGGACCCCAAGCAAGGUGAUCCGUCGUCUUGGGCAGGAGAUCAACGACGAGCGCUCGGUAUAUUACUGGGCGUGGAAGAACGACAUCCCCGUCUUCUGUCCAGCACUGACCGAUGGCAGCCUCGGAGACAUGCUGUACUUCCACACUUUCAAGUCAUCCCCCGAGCAGCUGCGCAUAGACAUUGUAGAGGAUAUCCGCAAGAUAAACACCAUCGCCGUACGCGCAAAGCGGACCGGCAUGAUCAUCCUGGGCGGAGGCAUUGUCAAACAUCACAUCGCCAAUGCGAAUCUAAUGCGAAAUGGUGCUGAGAGUGCCGUGUACGUUAACACAGCCCAGGAGUUCGACGGAAGCGAUGCGGGAGCGCGACCAGACGAAGCAGUCAGUUGGGGAAAGAUCAAGACGGAUGGUGAUAGCGUCAAGGUGUACGCCGAGGCGACUGUGGCGUUCCCGCUGAUCGUUGCAGCUACCUUCGCGAAGGGAAGACCAGACAGUUCAGAACCAUAG